GCAGCAGAAGAAUAGAGUCCCGGUAGUACAGGGCGGUGAAUCAUCUCGAUCCCGCUACUCUUUGUCAGUCUGUGCCGGAGAUGCCAAGAUGGCUGCUAGCAACUAUUUCGGCUUCACACAUGGUGCCGGUCCGCAAUACAGCACCCAGCCUCCCCCGGCCUACUCCCAUCCCUCCACGGCCAGCUACAGCGUCCAGCAGGCUCCGGCCGUGGCUCAUGCGGUGACGGCCUCCUACUCUCCGGCUCCGGUCCAGGCGGCCCGACCCGUGGCCUCGGCCUCCUAUCCGGCCUAUCAGAGCCACCAGGCGCCUCCAGACUACAGCUACAGGCAGCCGGACCCCCCUCAGCCCACCACCACCCCCCAGACGUACCAGGUAUACUCGGACACGCAGGACAACUACAGUUAUGGACGCCCCGCUGCCGUGACGACCUACGACAACAAACAGUACUACCAGACGAGUAUAGCCACGGCUCAGAGGACGCCUACAGAUAACUACUACCAGACUGUCGGAGUAAAGAGCGCCUACAGUCCAGCUCCCUCCACCGUCUACAGCCAGCCUCCUCCUCCUCAGAGGCAGGUCACCGCCCUCAAACCUCUGGCUCCAUCCAGCUCCGUGUCCACCAGCUACAACAUCUACCCGGCGUCCACCAGCGUCCAGCAGCCUCCCACGCCCAUCUCGUCCUACACGCUCGGCACCUCGUUCAGCUCCACCGCUUCGGCCACGUCCUACUCCGGCAUCAGCUACUCCAGUUAUGAUUCAAUCGGCUACUGCUCUGCAUCCACCCCCUCCUAUUACCAGCCGGCUCAGCAGACUCUGUCCCAGCCGCAGCCUCCACCGCAGCAGUCGCAGCAGCAGCAGCAGCAGCAGCCUCCCAUCCAGCCGCCACCCAAGCAGCUCACCAGCUCGUCCUGGAGCAACUCGGGCAGCAACAUGGUGACGGCUGCGACCGGAAACGCGUACAAAAAGCCCACAUUUCACCAGAGCAAGCUGCAGAAGCCGAAAGGGCCUCCCAAGCAGCCACAGCUGCAUUACUGUGACAUUUGCAAGAUCAGCUGUGCAGGCCCUCAGACGUACCGUGAGCACCUGGAGGGCCAGAAGCACAAGAAAAAGGAAGCGGCCCUGAAGUCUGGGGGUCAAACGGGGACCAGCAACGGGCCAAGGGGGGUCCAGACCCAGUUACGCUGCGAGCUGUGCGACGUUUCCUGCACCGGAGUGGACGCCUACGCUGCCCACAUCCGCGGGGCCAAACACCAAAAGGUGGUGAAACUUCACACCAAGCUUGGCAAACCUAUACCUUCCACUGAGCCGGUGCUGGUGAAUUCUGCUCCGGUUGUCACGACCACCACAGCUGGGAAGCCUCCGGUCUCCUCCUCCUCCUCCUCUUCCUCCUCCUCGGCUCCUGCUUCGGCCUCCACCACCUCGACUCCUGCUGUAACGCCCAAACAAGUUCCCGUGCACACCGCGGUGAAAACAGCGCCGCCGGUCAAGAAACCAGCUCCUUCCAAAAUCACUGUCAUUUCCAACAAACCGACCAGCGCUCCAGCUCCAGCUGCAGCUCCGGCUCCGGCGUCGGCGGUUGUUGCAGCAGCAGCAAAACAGGAAGAACCUGUGCAGCUGUCGGUUCAGAAGAUGGAGCCUCAGAGCGAAGACGAGGACGGAGACAGAGCUGGAGGACAGGGGGACAUCCAGCCGGUGGGACACGACUACGUAGAGGAGGUCCGUAACGAUGACGGGAAAGUGAUCCGGUUCCACUGUAAACUAUGCGAGUGCAGCUUCAACGACCCCAACGCUAAAGACAUGCACCUGAAGGGGAGAAGACACCGGCUGCAGUACAAAAAGAAGGUGAACCCAGAGCUUCCUGUGGAGAUUAAGCCCAGCAACAGAGCCAGGAAGCUGCAGGAGAGCAAGCUGAAGAAGCAGAAGCAGAAGGCGGUUCUGAAGAGGCAGCGAGACGAUGAGCAGCGCUGGCACAUGGAGAUGAGCCGGCGGUAUGAGGAGGACAUGUACUGGAGGAGGAUGGAGGAGGAGCAGAUGUACUGGGGGGAGCAGAGACGCAGGAUGGCGCCUCCACCUCUGAUGAGUCGCCCCGGGAUGCCGGUGCCCCCUCUACUGUCCUGUGUGCGUCGGCCCGACUCCCCGGACGACCGCCACAUCAUGGCCAAACACUCGACCAUCUACCCGGUGGAGGAGGAGCUGCAGGCCGUUCAGAGGAUCGUCUCCCACUCAGAGAGAGCUCUGAAGCUGGUGUCCGACUCCCUGCUGGAGAAGGAAACUCCAGCUUCUCCUCCUGCUGCUGAUACUGACGCUGAAGGUGGAGAAGAAAAAGGAACUGAGAACGCGGCCCGGCUGCUGAAAGGUGUGAUGAGAGUCGGCAUCCUGGCCAAAGGUCUUCUGCUUCGUGGGGACAGAAACGUGGAGCUCAUCCUGCUGACAGCUAAGAAACCUACAAUCUCGUUACUGAAGAGCAUCGCUAAGCAGCUGCCCAAGGAGCUGGCGACAUUUUCUGAAGAUCAGUAUGAGGUGCAGGCUCACCCCGAGGAGGCGAACAUCGUCAUAUUUUCAAGCAAGGAGCCCAAAAUGCAGGUGACGAUUUCCCUCACCUCGCCGCUGAUGAGGGAGGACCCUGCUGCUGAGAAGGACAAGCAGGCAGGAGGAAAAGCGGCUGAGAAAGGUUUGCCUGACAAUGAUCCUCCUGAUCUGCUGAAUAGGAAGAAAUGUCUGGAAUAUCUGGCUGCUCUGCGUCACGCCAAAUGGUUUCAGGCUCGUGCUAACGGCCUGCAGUCCUGUGUGAUCAUCAUUCGGGUGCUGAGAGAUUUGUGCCAGCGGGUUCCUACCUGGGGGAAGAUGCCCUCCUGGGCGAUGGAGCUGCUGGUGGAGAAGGUGAUCAGCAGCGCUACAGGUCCACUGAGUCCAGGAGAAGCCAUGCGUAGAGUCCUGGAGUGCAUCUCUACAGGGAUCCUGCUGCCAGAUGGACCGGGUCUGAUGGAUCCCUGUGAGAAGGAGCAGACGGAUGCUUUGGAGAGCAUGGUGCUUCAGGCCCGGGAGGACAUAACCGCCAGCGCACAGCACGCUCUGCGGCUGCUCGCUUUCCGUCAGAUCCACAAAGUCCUGGGCAUGGAGUCGCUGCCGGCGUCCAAAGCCGGCGCUCGCAACCGCAAACGGCGACGGGACGGCAGCGAGGCGGGGGAGGGCGAAGGCGAGGGCAAGAAGGACAAGAAGGAGGAAGCAGCGAGCGCUUGACCUCCGCCUCCUCAUCGAGGCGUUUACUAGCUUAGAGACUGGUAGAAUGUCACCAAUUUAAACUCUUUUCGUAUCUUCAGAAACAAUCUUAACACGCAGCUAUACACAUAUGAAUAUAACUUUGACUCUCCGUGUUCCGUGUCUACCCUUGAAUUAAGAGGAAUCACGCGUGGCAGGAGGAGGUUUAGAGACUGAAGUGUGAGGAUCUGAACCGCAAUUCCUUCACCCAUCUAGUGGGUUCAUGCAGGAGUAGCGUAUUUAAAAGUGUGCAGAGUAAAUCAGCUCAUUGAAAAAGCAGAAAAAAACAGCAGAAACCACGUCUAUUACCGAUCAUUCCAUUUCAGCAUCGCGGCACGCUAACUACUGACCAUCCCUCCCACUGCAGGCUCCAGUACAGUUUAAACAUCAGCACCUUAAGCUUUAUUUUCACUCCUCUGAGAAGAAACAAAAGGCUGAACUCUGCUGCUCUUCAGGCCGGUUCGAUCUCACCACCUAAUGCAUGACACUCGCUGCUGAAAUGAGAAUAAAAAACAGAGACGGCGUCUUCAGAGGAAACGGACGACGUUCGUUGUGACUAAAGACGACGCAGAGGAAGCGAUUAUUGAGACAUUUUGUGGGGAGAUUAGACUGAAGACUUCCCACCAAAGGCCCAAAAACACACUAAAAAUAACUUACCCCUGAAAAAAUACGUCAGAAAACCCACGAACUCUGCAAAAAAAAAAAAAAAAAACCUGCGCAACGUUCACCCCGAGGUCACACUGGAGAGCAGGUCUGCAGAGACGUGUCGCAUCACACAGUAGCAUGCCGAGGGAAUGAAGCACUUAAGAAACGACAACGUAUGCAGCCAUAGUUUAUCAUUUAAAGAAUAUGCCUCCUAAGCUUCUGUUGCUUUCUUCUUCCAGAGUGAGGAGAGGAGCUUUAGUCGGAAACAUAAGACUGAAUAUCUACUGUAAAGAUCAAACCGCUCUCGUCCUUUUUGACUUUCUUCCUUGUGCCUGCAACAUGUUUUGUGUUCCAGAAGGACUGAGCUUCGUACUGUAUUCAUCUGAUUUCACCAGGAGGGGACUGUUGCACAACGGCGGCUUAGAAGAUGAUGAUGUGAGAGAAUUAUUGUGCAUUUUUAGUUUCAUAUUCGUUUAAGAGCCUCAUGUGACUAAUUUUAUUUCCGAAGGAUGUGGCGGUCCGUUUUGUAUCGUUUUGAUGGGGAAGUGUGAACGUUGCUGUCCUAUUAUUUGAAUGUCUUUGUAGUGUUGCCUAAAAUUAAGGGGAGAUAUAAAAUAAAACGACACUUUUAAGCCA